ACAAAUACAACGCCUUGUUUAUGGCUUAGUUAUAUUUAUACAAGAAAUGGUGUGUCGAAACGGGAAUUUCUGAAGCUUUUAACUAGUAAUGUCUAUACAAACCCCCGUCAUACUGCACGCUGGCGACGUCUGCUGGUCACAUGUAUGUAAUGGCAAUCAGAGGACCCACCACAAGAACUGCCACAAAUCAUUUAAGAAUGUGCUUCUCAGUGACCGCUGUGACCUUUCUGCUCCUGUUUCCUGGCUUUUAUUCCACCAUGACUGUGACGACCUUGCAGAGUUUUCGCGGCUGUGCGGUACGUGAUUUUACUUUUGUGGCAAAGAAGCCUGGAUGCAGGAGUCUGCGGAUAAGCACUGAGGCAUGCUGGGGCCGCUGCCACACCUGGGAGAGGCCAGUUCUGGAGCCGCCGUAUAUCCAGAGGCACCACAGUGUCUGCACCUACAGCCGUACACGCCACCUGACAGCACGUUUACCAGGUUGUCGUCCUGGCGUCUCCCCCAUCUAUCAUUACCCUCAGGCCUUACAGUGCGACUGCACCUACUGCUCCUCAAACCACACCGAGUGCGAGACCUUCUAAAGGCACACACACAUAGGCCUAAAUCUUCUUUGCUUAUUAUGCAAAGAAUUAUCACAAGUUAUGCAUUAGAAAUCAUAUAUAUAUAUUAAAAAACAUGAUUUAACAAAUAAAACACACAGAAAAUGA